AUGAUGCUCUGUCUGAAAAAACUUCAAAUAUAAAGUGAGACAAAUAUAAAGAUUUGAGGAUCUUUUGUUGCACUACAGACUGUAAUCCGUAUCUUCACAAAGCAUGUACUUUUCCACUGUUCUUAUAAUUCUGUUUAUUAUAUUGGAUAUUCUUUUUUACUAUUUACAGAAACAACAUGAAGAAAAUGAUGGUGAGAUGAUGAGUUCCUUCCCAUCAUCAUCAUAUGAUCAAAAAUCUGUACACAUGGAUUCACCACUAUCGUCAUCAUCACCGAACUUUUCACUUGCUGAAAUCAAGUUGGCUACCCGUGAUUUUGAUGAUGCACUUGUCAUUGGAAAGGGAGGGUUUGGGAAGGUAUACAAAGGAAAGAUUGAUUACUUGGGGAAAGGUAUUGAAGUUGCCAUCAAGAGGUUAAAUCUUGAUUCUAAUCAAGGAGCAGCCGAGUUCUGGGCAGAAGUUGAGAUGCUUUCCAAGUUUCGUCAUAGUCAUAUUGUCUCUCUACUAGGAUAUUGUGAAGAAGAAAUGAUCCUUGUUUAUGAAUACAUACCAAAUGGAAGUUUAGAGGAUCAUUUGCACAAAAGAAGAGGUAAUAGAAGUAAUGCUUCUGCUUUGACAUGGGUUGAGAGGCUCAAUAUUUGCAUAGGUGCUGCUCGUGGUUUAGACUACCUCCAUACCGGUACUGGUGUCCAAUCUAGAGUGAUACACCGCGAUGUCAAGAGCUCAAACAUCUUGCUGGACGAGAAUUUGUCAGCUAAGAUUUCUGACUUUGGGUUGUCCAGAAUUGGACCAGCAUAUCAGUUGGGCUCUACCACUAAUGUUUAUACCGAUCAGAUCAAAGGCACGUUCGGAUACAUGGAUGCCGAGUAUUUCUCAACUCGCAGACUGACAAGAAAAUCUGACGUGUAUGCAUUUGGCGUGGUGUUAUUGGAAGUGUUGUGUGGUAGGCCUGCUUUGGAUUUUACAUUGGAUGAACAGCAACACAGCCUAGCUGGCUGGGCUAAAAAUUGUAUCAAAGCGGGUAAGAUUGAUCAAAUUAUUGAACCAAGUUUGAGAACGCAAGUUGAAGGUAAUUGUUUAAAGGAAUUUGGGCAAAUUGCGUAUGAAUGUAUUAUAACAUCUUCAAAGGAUCGACCCACAAUGACUAUGGUGCUUGCUAGGCUGGAGUUUGUGCUGGCAUGGACGUUGCAGAGUGUACAGAGUGCUAGUAAUCAGAAACCCAUUGGCAAAACUAUGUUAAUUGAGAAGGCAUGGUCAUUGUUCUUGACCAAAUCUCCAAAGCGUGUGAGUCCCGAUAGAAAGAAACUUGGACACAGCAUUGGCAACAAAAAGAAAGCGUUCGUGAUGGUGCCAGGUAGAGAUCAUAAUGCUGGCGUUGCAGCUGCCUCUCAGCAGGUGGUGCCUCACCCAAUGUUACCUAGGGAGCAGCCAAAGAUACCAAUUUUGAAGAUGUUCACAUUUUCUGAGUUAAAGAAGGUUACAAACAAUUUCAGCCGGGAAAUGUUCCUUGGAGAGGGUGGUUAUGGGAAGGUCUUUAAAGGGUGGGUGGACGGUGUAACAUUUGCCCCACGGAAGGCUGGUGAGGGAAUUGCCGUGGCCAUUAAGAAAUCUAGUCCCAACAGGGCUCAAGGUCUCAAUGAGUGGCAGGCAGAAGUGAAAUUUCUGGGAACAUUUAACCACCCAAAUAUUGUUAAACUCUUUGGAUGUUGCUGGGAACAUAAAGAGUUUCUUCUUGUUUAUGAAUUUAUGCAAAAAGGAAGCUUAGAUAUGCAUCUCUUCAGGGAAGGCGCCGAGCCACUUCCAUGGGACACAAGAAUUAAAAUAGCCAUUGGAGCAGCUCAAGGUCUUGCUUUCUUGCACACAACAGCAAAUAAUGUCAUUUGCAGGGAUGUCAAAUCUUCAAAUAUUUUGUUAGAUAAGGAUUUUAAUGCGAAGCUAUCGGAUUUUGGACUGGCAAAGAUAGGUCCAGUUAAUGGAGAGUCUCAUGUCUCGACAAGCAUAGCAGGCACAUAUGGUUAUAUGGCACCAGAGUACGUAGCUACUGGUCACUUAUAUGUGAAGAGUGAUGUUUAUGCUUUUGGAGUGGUGAUGCUAGAGAUUAUAACAGGGUUACGCGCAUCAGACUACAAUCAAAAUGGCAUGAAGCAGAACUUGGUGGAGUGGGCCAAACCUUUUUUAACCAAGAUAAAGAAACUAAAACGAAUUAUGGACCCACGAUUAGACACAGAUUAUCCUACUAAAGGCGCUAGUACAGUUGCUCAGCUUAUCCUAAGCUGUCUUGAAUCAGAACCCAAGAAACGGCCAUCUAUGAAGGAAGUUGUGCUUGGUUUGCAAGGUAUCCAUGCAAUCAAAAUGAAACCGGGCGAGUCAAAAUCAAAGGAUAUAUCGAUGAGUGUAUGUAACGAACAAAGGUCUAAUAAGUGUUAUCAUCAGAGUGAGUAUUGGUCUCCCAUUCGGUCAAAGCAAGGCAGAGGAGUUUGGUCAACAACCCGCACACGCUUAUUAGGUUUAGAAAUGUGCAUUGGUUUAAAGCAAGAAGAGGAUGAAACAUGGAUAGAAACAAAACCGAAACAAGGGGAAGUUAAAGUGAGAAACAAAGAGAAGCGUGGUGGUUCUGGUUGGUCUAUGUAUGCUUAUAUGAAUGAGAUGUAAUACAUUUUGUAAAAAUCGAAUAUAUAUGAAAUUGAAGUCUAGAGCUUCCUGUAUUUGGGUCCA